AUGGAAAGUGAACCCACAGAAAACAAAUCUGUCACUGAAUUUGUCCUCCUUGGCUUCCAUGAUAUUCCUGAGCUGCAUCUCCUGCUUUUUACUGUGUUCACUGUUGUCUACAUCUUCAUCAUCACGGGAAACAUGCUCAUCAUAGUGGUGGUGGUCAGCUCCCAGAGACUGCACAUGCCCAUGUACUUCUUUCUGGCAAACCUAUCCUUCAUGGAGAUCCUCUACACCUCUACAGUGGUGCCCAAAAUGCUGCAGGGCUUUCUGCAGGAGGCAGCCAUCUCUUUGGCUGGAUGCUUGCUCCAGUUCUUUAUCUUUGGCUCCCUAGCCACAGAUGAGUGUUUCCUGCUGGCGGUGAUGGCAUAUGACCGCUACCUAGCAAUCUGCCACCCACUGCAAUACCCACUCCUGAUGGGGCCUCAGUGGUGCCUGGGGCUAGUCAUCACAGCCUGGCUCUCUGGGUUUGUGGUAGAUGGACUGGUUGUGGCUUUGAUGGCCCAGGUGAGAUUCUGUGGCCUCAACUACAUUGAUCACUUUUACUGUGACUUCUCACCCUUGAUGGCUCUGGCGUGCUCAGAUACUGAAGUGGCCCAGGUGACAACAUUUGUGCUUUCUGUGAUUUUCCUCACUGUUCCCUUUGGCCUGGUUCUGAUCUCUUAUGCUCGGAUUGUGGUGGCCGUACGAAGAGUCCCCCCUGGGACCAGCAGGAGGAAGGCUUUCUCCACAUGCUCCUCUCACCUGGCUGUAGUGUCCACGUUCUAUGGAACCUUCAUGGUCUUGUACAUUGCACCCUCUGCUGUUCACUCCCAGCUUCUCUCCAAGGUCUUUGCCCUGCUCUACACUGUGGUCACCCCUGUCUUCAAUCCUGUUAUCUACACUCUGAGGAACAAAGAGGUGCACCAUGCAUUACAAAGGCUUCUCAGCUGCAAACCCGCUGACAUGUGA